CUCUGACAGUCAUCAACAACACGCGUUCGUUCCAUAAUGCCGCAAUAAACGCAAAUAUUCAUUGACAAACGCAAAAUAUUUAUUCUCUAUCAAUUGCCCUUCCAGUUCCGAUCCAAGGAAGAGGGACAUCGCCUACUCUUCCACUUCUGGGAGGGCCUGGCACACGACCCCGGAUUCGGUCACCUCAUCUUUCCUGGGUGCCCAACGACUUUGCUCACGACACAAGGAUCCCAAAUGACCGACGCGCCAAAUAAAAAUAUGAAAUCUGAGAGACCGGAAACUCUUGGUUAUAAUGACUGUAUCGAGAUUCCAUCAACAGAGGAGCCGAUCCAUUCAACUCCGACGCCAAGGCAACAAACAUCAUACGUGCCUCAAUUCUCUGCGACCAACAGCUUAAUCCUAAAUCGAAUAAAGCUCAAUUCACCUAAUGCAAAUCCAACCAUCGCAGCCACAGAAGGUCGAGCCUACCAAUCGAACAAUGUCGCCAGUAAGGGCACUGGAUCGAGGCCAGCGCAGAACAUGAGCGACACUCUCAGGAUGCCAUUGCCCCCCUCAUCAGCCUCUCAUCAUAGUCCGAAAUCAAGCACUCGGGACUUUCUGAACGCCAGCUCAAAGAGAAAGCGGGAUGCACCAACCGAUGUGGACUUUACUCAGAACACGAUCCAUUUUCCAUGGGUUGACCAACCAAAGAGUCUGCCCUCUGAAGGUCAAGCUCAGCCCAAAAAGCUGAAUUCUGGGAAUUGUUCGAAAUGCGAUGGACAAUCCCGGGCUCCCGAAGACACCUUGGUUGAAUGCAGCCGCUGUCUCAAAUUCUGGCACCAGCAGUGCCAUUCUCCUGCAGUCACCAACGAAAUGGUAAAGCUAGUUGGUUUUGUGUGCGUAACGUGCGUGGCAGAACAAGAACAAGCAGCCAACCUAAAAAGGAAAGCAAAUCACCAAAGACGAGAUGAAAUAGAGACGUUGCGCCAGAAGCGACUGGCCGUUCUCCCUCAAGGUGUCGUCCCUGCCAAGUCUAAGCUUGUCGGAUUCGGUGCCGGUCGUGCCCCUGACUCUGCACGCAACGAAUACUUUUCGCAUGUGAAGAAAACAGAUCUUCUCAACAUUCUUUCCUUAUGUGACCAGCUCAAACCACAGCUUCUUGCGGACAUCCUCGUUUCAAUCUCGAAAAAACACCCUGACCUACCCAUAUUUGGUUCGCCCGAUUGGGAGACAGAAUUGCCGAGCUCCCAGCGUCCAGCGAAAGGCUCAAGGGCAGAUGAGAAGCCACGACAUGGACAUGUGAUCCUGAACGGGAAAGCUAAGCUGAAGGCCAACGCUACAAAGAAGAUCUUGAAACGCACGCGUGUUAUAGAGGUCGUUACGGAUAUGCCUGGAGAAGACGUGGACGUGUUGCCGCCAACAUGGGCGAAAGCCGAUGAAGGGUUGUACGCGAAGCUGCUGUUACCGGACACGGAGGACAACGGAUUGCUCUUGGAUGAGAACGACGAGGAAUCUUUUAGUCACUUCUUGGUGGACAACUUCGGGAAACAAAUUGUGGAGGCGGUUGGAGGUUAGGCCGACGACAUGUGACGGCGAUGUACAAUUAGGUUCCUUGGGAGAGGCAUCCCCUUGUCCGUGUUUCUUUUCAUAAUCAGUCUGUGCACACAGAGUUUCGAUAGCAAGCUAAGGUAAUUCAAAAGCCCCUGAAUCUAAGUGAUUUCGUUA